CCCGCCGGGCCGUGAUGCGAGGCGGCCCCGGGUCCUGGCGGAAGCGCGGAGACGCCCCUCGGGAGCAUGGCGGGUCUGUCCAGGGCGCCGCAGAGAGACCUUCCAUCAACUGAGAUAGGGAAGGCUGGGACUGAAGCAGGUUUCAGAGGAAGAGCAGGGUUCGGUUUUGGAUAUGUUGCUGUAAGAUGCCUCUUAGCCUAGCCCUGCCCCAGCAAUGGGCCACUUUUGCCCGAGUUUGGUAUCUCUUAGAUGGGAAAAUGCAGCCCCCUGGAAAGCUUGCUGCCCUGGCAUCGGUUAGACUUCAAGGAUUGCAUAAGCCUGUGUACCAUCAACUGAGUGACUGUGGGGAUCAUGUUGUCAUAGUGAACACAAGGCACAUUGCAUUUUCUGGAAACAAAUGGGAGCAAAAAGUAUACUCCUCACAUACUGGCUACCCAGGUGGGUUUAAUCAAGUAACAGCUGCUCAACUUCACCGGAAGGAUCCAGUAGCAAUUGUAAAACUAGCUAUUUAUGGCAUGCUGCCAAAAAACCUUCACAGAAGAACUCUGAUGCAGAGGUUGCAUCUUUUCCCAGAUGAAGAUAUACCAGAAGAUAUUCUUAAGAAUUUAACAGAAGAGCUUCCUCAACCACGAAAAGUACCCAGACGUCUAGAUGAGUACGCACAAGAAGAAAUAGAGGCUUUUCCAAGAGUGUGGUCUCCACCUGAGGAUUAUCGGCUGUAGGAGGAAGAAAAUUUCAGAAAAUAAUGGUGUGGUGCUUGAAACUCCUUCCUCAGGACAGGAUGAAGCAACAGCUGCCUUCUGACAGGAAACCUGCUCUGGGAGCUGAAAGUUUGUGGGGAAAGGUCGGGAAGGGAUAUUCCUCCAUUAGGAAAUUGCAGGAAAACGUUGUUUUAUAGGGCCCUUUUAUUGUGUAGUGCAACUUGAAUGUUGGAAACGGUAAAUAAAACUGCCCCUUACUCAG